UACAACAUAUUUGACGUAUCGUUUUUAUUUGAAAUCAUCAUAAAGCUUUUUUACUAAUGUAGUUGUUAUAAGUAACAUAAAUUAUGUCUGAUGUUGUGGGAACAAGUGUAAGCAUUGAGUCUUCUAAUGCGAGAGAAACUUCUACAACAUUAAGCAACGCCCAAGAACAAGAGGUUAACGAUGUGUACGAGUUUUUAAACUUAGAAAAAAACAAAUAUGUUCAAUACAAAAUCAUAUCUGAUACACUAGAGGAAUGUGUCAACGAGAGCAGUGAUUUAGAUCGAAGUUUAAAGGACAAAGUAAGAGAUAUAUUGUUAGGAGGAAGUGCCACACAAACUUUAUUCUUAGACGAGUAUACUUCUAAGGAAAGCACAACUUUAUUUGGCAUCUGUGGCAUAAAUGAACAAGAAUUAAAUUAUAUUGAGAGACAUCAACUCCAGAAAAUUUUAGAAUUAAAGUUGGAUUGCAAGUAUAAGGAUAUUUGCGGGGAGUUCCAUAAAAUAACUAAUAAAGAUGUCAACACGGCGUUUGAAACUCCCAGCUCCCUACAAAUGGCAUCGGAUGAUAAAGUUUUAAUAGAAUAUAAAAAUAAACUUGUGUCGGAACAAGAGCAAUAUGUAAAAAAUUUACUGAAUCUACUAGAACUGUUAGAAGAGAUAUCUAAUUUAAGAUUAAAAAAGUUGCCGCAAGUGACUGAACAAAAAAUAAAGGAAUGUCAGGUAGAGCAGAAAAUGAAUAAUUUAAAAUCACUAUUAGCACAAGAGAAGAUAAGGAUCGACAUAUUUACAGAAACGAGUAGUUCCCUGAAAGCUUAUAAGGAGCUGAUCAAGGACAUCAAAGAGCAACAGAAGGACUGUGAAAUGGAGAUAUGGGAAUUAAAAAACCUGAAGGAAAAAUACAACCAAGUGUCCUGUAAGCAAUACAACGAUAUUCUAAAGUCUUACCUGCAGUACAAGUCGUCAAUUGAGAAGAAGAAACUGUUAUAUAGUCAUUUAAAAAACUAAUGUAGACGUUAAACACAUUGUAAAUACUUUUUUCUAUUAUAUGAAUCGUAGUUUUUUAUCGAGUUAAUAUUAAGUAGUUUGUAACUUUCAUAUGUUUAUAUAUUUGCGAUUUUCGAAGAAAUAUACCU